CACCGCAGCAUUACUCACUUUCUUCUCAACUCAUUCAAGUACGAGUAAGCCUUCCGACAAAGCAAGCUUUUCGGAUCGGAUAUCGGCUAUGCGUAACCCGGAUAGGCAAUUUUUCCACGGAACGGGAGGGAUUCCGUGCUGAUUGCUCCAACGUUGACGUUUGCCCUCCGUCAUAGUACCAACAAUCGUAGGAUUUAUAAAUACUGACGCUCCCGUCAACAGUUGCAUUUUUCAUGUCAAAAGUUAGAGUUGCUUCGAUGCAUUAGAAGCGUGUCAGGCUUCCUACCUGACUUUCCUUUUCCUGCUCAUCGCUUACAUCUACCCCUCAUCUGCAUUUUGUGCCGGUGUCGAUAUCAAUAUCCCCCCAAUUAUGGACUCACAACAGUUCAAAGACGCCGCCACCUCGGCAAUCGACGAGAUUGUUCGCUACUACGAUACCAUUGGAGACCGCCGUGUAGUCUCCAAUGUUGAACCAGGUUAUCUGAAAAAGAUACUACCUGACGGCCCUCCAGAAGAGGGUGAACCAUGGGCAGAUAUUCAGAAGGAUAUCGAGACUAAGAUCAUACCUGGUUUAACACACUGGUGCGCAGUUCUCAACUUAAGCCAAACUCUCCACCAACUUUCAUAUACUAAGCACAUACAGGCAAUCUCCAAAUUUUAUGGCCUUCUUCCCGGCCUCCUCUUCAUUUCCCGGUAUGUUGGGUGAACUGUACUCCUCUGCCUUCACCGCCCCAGCCUUCAACUGGAUAUGUUCACCCGCCGUCACAGAGCUCGAAACUGUGGUUCUCGACUGGCUGGCCAAACUUCUCCACCUCCCCGAUUGCUACCUUUCUACCAGUCAUGGUGGUGGCGUAAUCCAAGGAUCUGCUUCAGAGGCCAUUGUCACAACCAUGGUGGCUGCCCGAGACAAAUAUCUUCGAGAGACGACUUCUCAUCUCACCGGAAUGGAACUCGAAGAUGCAAUCGCUCACAAGCGGAGCAAGAUGGUGGCGCUGGGAAGUGACCAGGCACAUAGUUCGACGCAAAAGGCUGCCCAGAUUGCCGGAGUUCGCUAUCGUUCGAUCCCAGCCUCAAAAGAGGAUGGCUUGUCUAUGACUGGCGCUGGUCUCGAAGAAGUGUUAAAGCAAUGCAAAGUUCAGGGUCUGGAACCAUUUUAUAUUACCACGACACUUGGCACGACAGCCACAUGUGCAGUAGACGAUUUUGCUUCAAUUGCUUCAACAUUAGCGGAAUACGCCCCUCCGGAUGCACCAGGCGAGAUCUGGGCCCACGUCGAUGCUGCGUAUGCUGGUGCCGCUUUGGUAUGCCCGGAGUAUCAGCAUCUCACCGCUUCAUUUCAACAUUUUCAUUCAUUUGAUAUGAAUAUGCACAAGUGGCUGCUCACAAAUUUUGAUGCUUCUUGUCUCUUUGUGAAGAAGCGGAAAGAUUUGAUUGACGCGCUGUCGAUCAUGCCUAGCUAUCUUCGCAAUGAAUUUUCCGAUAGUGGGUUGGUAACCGAUUAUCGCGAUUGGCAAAUCCCUCUCGGUAGAAGGUUCAGAAGUCUGAAGAUUUGGUUCGUGUUACGCACAUAUGGCGUAAAGGGACUGCAGGAGCAUAUUCGAAAGCAUGUUAGUCUGGGCGAAGGCUUUGCCUCUUUGGUAAAGUCAAGACCCGAUCUAUUCAAGAUUUUGGCAGGCCCCAGCUUUGCUUUGACAGUCUUUAAUAUCGUUUCACCUGGAGGUGGAGAGAAAGAGGAAAAUGCGCUUUCUAGGGAGGUUUAUGAGCUAGUAAAUAGCAGAGGGGAGAUAUAUAUCACUUCAAGUGUUGUCGCUGGGAGCUAUGUUAUCAGGGUCGUCAGCGCGAACCCAAAGGCCGAAGAGAAGUACCUGCGAAAGGCAUUUGACAUCUUGGUAGCUACGACUGAGGAGGUGCGAGACGGGAAGUCAAAGCCCGCGGUCAUCGAAGGAGAUUUGAGAGAUAUUAAGGGGAUAAGUGAGGUUGAGGUUGUUACUAUGAAUGGUGCCGGUGAUGCAAAACCACUGGCCGAUAGCACAGUUUGAUAUAUGUAAAAUCUUACGGUACUUCUAGGGAGG